UUGUUUCAUUCUUUUAUUCUCCCUCUCUCUCUAUGUUGAAUGCUGAUUAAGCCCCGUACUUCUUGCUCAUCUUCCGCUCAACCCUUCAUAGGACAUAUACAGAGAGAUUCAAACAACUCAUUCACACAAGAGGAUAAGACCCUCUUAAUCCACUCCAAUAUUUAAGGGAAGAAUUCCCUCACAAAAAAAACCUAAUCUUUCUUUAGAUAAGAGAGAAAUUUAUCACUAAAUCUCGGCCUAAUCUCCCAGAACUCAGUCCCCCUCCACUCACUCUGUGCUACAACAAACACCACGUUUUUUCCUGUUAAUAUGGUUUCUCUUCAGUUUUGCCUUUUCUCUUGAACUCGACAACCAGGUUUUUUUUUGGCUUUGGAAACUCAUCAAAACCUCAACCUCAAAAUUAAGCUCAGCUGUAGCUAUUAGUUGUAUAGCUACGUAUAGCUAACAAAAGGGCUACGUACGUAUAGUGGUAUAAAAAGUUGUCUGAAAUUGGCGCUGUUCAUGGACUGCUUGAGAGAAAUAGAAGGCAAACAAGCUCAUGAUCCCAUGUUCAUUGAGAAGAUGAACAAGUCGUCCAAGCCGCGUUGCAUAAUGGUUCCAGGGCCAGUAAUCGUUGGUGCAGGGCCUUCGGGUCUAGCCACAGCCGCUUGUCUGAAAGAGAAAGGUGUUCCAAGUGUGGUCUUAGAGAGAUCUAACUGCAUAGCAUCUUUGUGGCAACUCAAGACAUAUAAUCGUCUACGCCUUCACUUGCCAAAGCAGUUUUGCGAACUUCCGUUGAUGGGAUUCCCUAGUGAUUUCCCUACUUACCCUACUAAGCAACAAUUUGUGGACUACUUGGAAGCAUAUGCAAGGAGGUUCGAUAUUAGGCCACGGUUCAAUGAGACCGUUUCACAAGCUGAGUACGAUGACAAGCUCAAGUUUUGGCGCGUGAGGAGUUCUGAUUUGAAGGGGAAGAAGGUGGAAUAUGUGUGCUGGUGGCUGGUGGUGGCGACAGGAGAGAAUGCGGAGGCGAUGGUGCCGGCGAUCGAAGGAAGGGCAGAAUUUGAUGGGGACAUAAGGCAUACAAGUUCUUAUAAAAGUGGAGAGGAGUUCCGAGGAAAAAAGGUUUUGGUGGUGGGGUGUGGGAAUUCAGGAAUGGAGGUGUGUUUGGAUCUUUGCAAUCAUAAUGCUAGGCCUUCACUCGUGGUCAGAGACACAGUGCACGUCCUCCCACGAGAGAUGCUGGGAAGAUCGACUUUCGGGUUGUCCAUGUGGCUGCUCAGGUGGCUGCCCAUGCGGCUUGUCGACCGCUUCUUGUUGAUUGUGUCAUGGUUGAUGCUCGGUGAUACUGCUCGCUUUGGAUUGGACCGGCCGCGGUUGGGUCCCCUUGAACUCAAGAAUCUGUCUGGAAAGACCCCCGUCUUAGAUGUUGGCACGCUUGCCAAAAUCAAAAGUGGAGACAUUAAGGUAUGUCCCAGCAUCAAGCGCCUAAAACGACAUGCUGUGGAGUUUGAGAAUGGCAAAACUGAGAACUUUGAUGCAAUCAUCUUAGCAACUGGUUAUAAAAGCAAUGUACCCUCUUGGCUAAAGGAAACAAAUAUGUUCUCAGAGAAAGAUGGGUACCCUCGAAAGCCAUUCCCUAAUGGGUGGAAAGGUGAAUGUGGGCUAUACGCCGUGGGGUUCACUAAACGGGGACUGCUGGGUACAUCAAUGGACGCUAAGAGGAUAGCAGAAGACAUUGAACGGUGUUGGAAAGCGGAGGCAAAACAAGGUCAACGUUAGAAAGAGGAGGCAAAACGUAGUAUGGCCUUCACUCGUUCACUUUUGCCGCAAUCGACAUCAUGAUUUUGGCUCUUUUUUGGAUUAAGAUCGGAGAUGUAUAGAGAUUUUUUGUUGAAGAUACUAUACUACACAAGCGCAGCAGCGGUGGAUUUUGAUUGAUACAUGCCACAGGCACAUCAAAAGAUCGAUGUUGCUCCCCCCAAUCCAUGAGGAGAAGAA